AUGUCGCUAAGUAACGAAGAGGUAAGCAACGCCGGUCCCAAGCUUACCUUGCAUCGAACACCUCACCUCACCUCCACAUGCCACCCACCGACUGACUUGAACCCCACUCGCCCCCCGUCCUCCCUUCUCCCGGCACAGUUCCUCAAGCAAUUGGCCGACUUGUUCGAGUCGAGGAAGGGAAGUAAAGGAUCGGUUUUUAUCACGAUGAAGCGAAGUGAGUGGUCUGUGGACUGGCUGGUGGUUGUGAAGGGGCGUAGGGUAGAUGAGAGCGAUCGAGGCCACCGCUCGAGCUGAAUGGGGUCUUACAACACCGUAUGGGGGAACAGACCACUGAUCACGGUCACGAAAUCUUGUCCUCAAUAGUGACAUAUGCAACCCCCGGAGAAGACGUGACCAUGACGAAUGCCGAGGCCGAGGAAGCGCAAGAAGGCACCUCGGCGGCCGGAAGAAGUAGUUCCCAGCAACAGUGGCCCUGUUUGAUCCGAGCGACGGACGGGAAAGGGAAGGAAACGAAACGAAAGAUAUCCACUAUUGUAAGCCUAUCUUUGAGCGAGUGGAGUGUUGGUCAAAAGGGGUCGUGCUUGAGCUGAUCCGUCGUUUUGAGGAUUUUCAGGUCGCUCCGGAGGAUCGAGCGACGUGGUCAACAGCCUACGGUGCUCUACUCAAAGCGAGUUUCUCGACUCUACGGCCCAAACAAAAGAAGAAGACGAAAAAGGUCAAGGCCACGACAACAGGUGCCGCGAAGGGGAGCUCAGGCAAAGAAGGAGCAGGGACGGCGACGAGUUCGUCUGCAGGGAAGGGGAAGAAGAGCACGGUGCAGCCGAGCAGGGUGUUGACCAAGAUCACGGGAGCUAGGCGAGGUGCGGGGGUGAGUAAGAGGAGAAAGUUGUUGGAACGGAGAAAGAGAGAGGUCAAGAGAGCUUGGGCCAGGAGGAGGGAUGCUUGA